CUGACUUAAAAGUAAGAUGGCCGCCGAAUGUUUGCUAAGUUGUAGCUGUGACUGUUUUACGUUGUAAUUUCCCGUUCAGAGAGAAUUGUACACUUCCUUGUCCGUCUCAAAACUCUUCCGCGUCUCUGUAGCAGCCAUGUCUAUGCGGGAGAUCAAGUUAUGUUUGUUAGGGGACUCAGGAGUAGGAAAGUCCAGUCUGGUGGUCCGGUUCGUGAAUGACAAGUUCACUGCCAACCUGGAGAGCACCAUUGGGGCUUCCUUCAUGUCUAAGACUCUGGUGGUGAACGACACGUCCUACAAGUUCCAGAUCUGGGACACAGCAGGACAGGAAAAGUAUCGAGGGUUGGCUCCCAUGUAUUACAGAGGGGCGGCAGCUGCUAUUGUGGUGUAUGAUGUCACUAGGGAGGCAAGUUUCCAAACACUAAAAGACUGGAUCCGUGAGCUGAAACAGUACGGCUCGGACAACAUCGUUCUAGCGAUCGCAGGAAACAAGUGUGACCUGGAGGACUUGCGAGAAGUGUCCACCAGGACAGCGUUGGAAUACGCCGAGGAAAACAACGCCAUCUUCUGUGAGACCAGCGCCAAGACCGCACACAAUGUGUCUCAGAUCUUCACCUUGAUUACUCAGAGACUGCCAUCGGAAAGUUUACUGCCACAGAGCCUGACUGAUUCCGGAUCCAUCCAGUUACAGCAUAGAUCAUCAGCCUCUCCCUCUGGGAAGAAGAACUGUUGUAAACAUUAGUGUCUUAGGAAACAAUCUUAGCAAACUAGCCUGGUAUCUGUUAUAUUCUAGCUCCGGUUCAGUCUUCUGAUUGCUUCUUUGUAGAAUAGUCUGGCCCCAGCCUCAUUGUCCCUUAAAUGUUUAGUCCUUACAUUCUUGUGUCCUUACAUUAAUUUGGGAAUCAGAUAUUUCUCAAAAGCAGUGGAACGUGGUGUUCGAACUCGUGAAUGCUUGUUUGAACCUAAUCUCCAAACAAAUCUUUCAGUGGCUAUGAAGACAGUAUCUAUUUGCCAGACAGUUAACAUUUGUCACCUGUAGGCUGGCAUAAAAAAAGAUACCAGUACAAAAAAGAGAACCUGAUAAAACCCCCUGAAAACACACCAAAAAUAAGCAGACUUUUCAGCAAGAGAAGAGGAAGAGAUCUGAGAAGCAAACCAAAGCUAGGAUAGGGUGGAUACCAGGCUGUCAUCUUACCUUUGGAAGUUAACAAAGGGGCUUGACGUUGUAACAUUUUUUGGCACGAAAGUAGAAUGUUUUUAAGUAGCAACACUCAUGCUUGUACCUUGCCUGUGCUACAUUUUUAGACUAAGAUAUUUUAAUAAUUAUGAAUUAUAUGAGUGGAAAAUUGAAAUAACUUGUCCCAUAAGCUAUUGUAGUACAAGUAUGAUCCUUACAAGAAUACACUUGAUUUUGAGAUAUUUUAUUCUAUGCUACAUGUGUAAGCUAAUGUGUUCAAAUUAAUGAAAAAAGUGGAAAUACAUGAACUGUUGUGAUGUUACAUGUCGUGAGAAAAAAUAAAUUAUUAGCAGUUUCAAUGUGAGAAAUUGUAAAUUAUCAUGACAAAUAUUCCUAUAAAUUAUGGAAAAAGAAUGAGAUUUUUAUAAUUACUGUAUUACAAUUCAUGUCAUUCUUACACUUCAGAAAUAUUUUAAUGCAUUUUAUCUGUAGAAUAGUUCUUUGAAAAAUUGCAUUUUCAUCUAUUGUGUCUCUUGUCAAAUCCUUACAAUAGGAAUGGACUAUAAUGUGGAAGUUAUAAAUCACAGAUGUCCAUUUGUAAUCCAUUGGAAAUAUGAAGUUUGCAUGUCCUGUCUAUUCCAAUGUGUGUCAAAAAAAUGGAUAAUUGAAUUUCGUUGUCAGUAGUCCAUGAAUUAUUAAUUAUUUGUUCCUGGGAAACUAUUGAUCCUAUAGAACGGGUCAAAAUAGGAAAUGGUAGAAUCUGAUCUGUUGUGGUCUCUGAAUGUAACCUUAGUUGGAUUUUUUUCAAAGUACAAAAACAACAGCUGGCCAUCAAUUUGCUAUGAAUUUCUGGCUCAUUCAUUCAACUGUAUGUAUGUACAUUAUUGCAGUGUUGUAUGGGGUAUUGAUGUAGCAUGAUUAUUGUUACUAGUUAUAGAAGAUGAAUAGAGCAUGGUUUCCUUUGAUGUAUUGAUUAAGAUUUUUUUUUUAUUUUGAGAUAUGCACAAUACAGGAGGCAAGAGCACACAUACACAUUUCUGGACUACCGGUACGCUUUCUGCGGAAAUUGAGAAGUUUUUUUUCUUCAUCAAUUUCAAUGCAGAUCUAUUUCUAGUAUGUUUGCUUGUACAAAAUUCUGGAAACCUCUCCAAUAAGGACAUACCUAGUUAGCCUUACUCCAUACAGACCACGUAUAGUUUGAAGUGCGGGACGCUCCAUAAAUUGGACUAGGUUAGUUAGACAGCUGGCCUCAAGUGAUUACUCAGUAUGGACGCUUCACCAUUCAAGUCUGCUAUUAUUUCCAAAUAAUGGGGCCUGGAACAUACUGUA